UAUGGGUGUUUCUCCAGAAACUUGUCCACUCGCUGUCUCAGAGCAAUAUUUUCAUAAUAGGUAUAGAUUAUGUAAUAAGUCGUAGUAAAUCUAAAAGAUAAUGCCCUGAUUUAUCUCUGCUGGCAGUAAAUCAUUAUUAAAACAAUUUUUAAUGUAUAUUUAAAAAUUUUAAAGCACUCAAAAACCAGUCCCCUGGGGUGUCUCCAAAACAGAAAAGUCACUUAAAGGAAAAGUAGUUAUGACAAUAUCUGUAAAAAACAAAUAACUUGUUAAAUUAUUCAAACAACAUUAAGCAAUCGUUCAGGAGAGAUGCUUAUUUUUUUACAAACAUUAUUUGGAAUAAUUAAAAAAUAACAUUAAAAUGUGUCUCCGUAUUUCGUGAACAUUCCCCUGUGCAUAUUUUAAAUUACGCGCCUCUUUUUCCAAAAGGUUAAAAUAUGUUCUACUUGAGCGUAACGAAACGCAACCGAUCUGAAGUUUGCUCAGAUGCCGCCAUUAGCUUUCGGGCGCCAUUUUAUUUAGUGCCGUACACGCGUCCAUCUGCGAAGCACGCGCCAUAACCUCAAAUCCAACAGUCCUCUGGUAUUUUUCGUGUGUUUUGGGUGUACGGUAUGGCGCCGAGGAAGAAAAAGCUUUCUAGGGAAGAGAUUUUGCAAAGAAAAAGAGAAGCUGAGCGAAAAAGAUAUGAGUGUAUGAAAAACGAUCCGCAAAAACGGGAAGCACUUAAAGAGAAGGAACGUCUUAAAUACCUUAAGAAAAAAGAAAAGGGAACUAGGAAGCUUGUUGACAAUAUGACACCUCGUGAACACCGCGAAGCAAAAAAGAAGUGGAGAGAGCAUUGCAGCAACUACCGUAAUAAGAAAAAACAAUUGAAAAACAUUGCUACAGCAUUCAUGAGGGAAAAUACUCCAGAGACUGGUGUAUCAGAUUCAUUGCGAAUGCCAACACCUGGACGCGAUGUUGCUGACAAGAUUCAAAAAAGGAAGAACAGAAACAAAGCACUGAGAUACCGGAUAAAUAAGAAAAAAGAUGAUGAAAUUAAUAAACUAAAGAAAAAACUAUUUAAAUAUAAGAAACGUUUAACAAGAUUGACGGAGAGAACAAAACCAAAACCUAAAGAUACUCCUAACACUAAGUUACAGAAAAUGAUAGAUAAUCCAGAAACCAGAAGAGAAGUGGUAAAAAAGGCGCUUUUUGGUGAAGUAUUAAAAGAGCAAUUACGAGAAAAUUUGUCUAAUUUGAAUACUGUAAGAGAAAAGAGAAUGCUAGCAAAAGUAGUUUCAGGAUCGAUGGUUGAUAAAUAUAAACUAUGGCGAAUGGAUAACAAUGCUGUGAUAACCCUCAGACGAAUAAAAAAGUCAAAAGUUACUGGAAGACUGGCAGGAAAAACGAAAGUAUCCGAUGAAGUUUUAAAAGCAGUUGCAAAUUUCUUCGAAGAUGAUUCUAACAGUAGACUAGGAGCAGGAAAGAAAGAGUUUAUCACUAGAAAGGGGACCCGGAAACAAAAGAGAUACAUGCUUGAUUCAUUAGUCGGCCUAUACAGCAAAUAUCAGAAACAGAAGAGCCAAUUCAAACUAAGUUAUCAAACCUUUUGCAGACUCAGACCAUUUUGGAUUGUGAAGCCCAAAGUAGAUCAGCGUGAUACUUGUUUGUGCAUUACACAUGCAAAUAUAGACCUAAAAUUAACAGCUCUACAUAAUGGCAAAAUACUGAAUUAUAAUAGCUAUCAAAAACUGCUUCAGGAACUGUGUUGUGACCGAUACAAUGAGCAGUGUAUUUCCAGAGAAUGUCAGAAAUGUCUUAAUAAGACUCCUUCUUACAAGGAAUUCAACGACAAGAAGUCAAUCAUUUAUAAAAAAUGGAUAGCUGAAAAAGCAGAAUUCAUUGACCCGAAAUCCAAAAACACUCGCCGAGUAACCAAACACAUUAAGAAGUCUCUUGAUGUAAAUCCUCGCUACCUGAUCACAGAAUUACAUGAAGAUCUAGAGAAAUUAUUUCGCCACGAAAGAAAUAUUUUACACCAGUUCGAUUCAAUAAAGCAACUUAAAAACUCACUGACAGAAGAAGAUGUACUAAUUCAUGUAGAUUUCUCAGAAAAUUAUGUAACAAAAUACGCCCAAGAAAUUCAGGCUUUCCAUUUCGGCGGGUCACGUACACAGAUUAGUCUACACACGGUUGUAGUAUACCUGAAAGAUAAAAUAAAAAGUUACUGCACAAUCUCUACAAAUGUAUCUCACUCUCCCGCUGCGAUUUGGGCUCAUCUGAUGCCAAUUUUUGAUGAUUUGCCACCCGAAAUCAAAACCCUGCAUUUUUUGAGUGAUGGUCCUGUAACCCAAUACAGGAAUAAAACGAUGUUUUACAUUAUGGCUAAUAAAAUCCCCGAGCGAUUUCCACUUGUGCAAAAGUUCACCUGGAAUUAUACGGAGAGCGGUCACGGCAAAGGCGCACCGGAUGGUGUAGGAGCUGCCUGCAAGAGGACUGCAGAUGCCGUGGUUGCUGCUGGAGGUGAUGUCGAAAAUCUAGAGAAGUUUGUGGAUGCCAUUAAACCGAGAUGUCCUGCCAUUAAUUUAAGUAUUAUACAAGAUGACACGAUUCAAGAAAUGAGUGCUAAAAUCGAACAGGAAGGAUCCAAGAUAAAGAAUUUUGUCGGCACCCUCAAAGUGCAUCAAGUCACUGGAAAAUUCUAUAAUUCUUCGGGUAUAAAACUAAAUUCCAUUGAAAUUGUGAUGAGACAUCUCAGCUGCUUUUGUGAAAAUGAUUCUUGUCUACAUUUCAAGAUAGGAAAAAUAUUGUAUGAAGAUAUGCAAAAACUACGUGUGGAAGAUGUGUUCACUGACUCAGAAACAGAGAAUGACGCUGGACCUAGUUGUAUUACUACAGGAAAUGCUUUCAACACUGGUGAUUACAUCCUUGUCAAAUUACCUGCCAAAAAUAUGGAAUAUAGAUAUGUGAGCGUUAUUGACAUCAUUGAUGAAGAAGAGGAUGAACUGCGUGUCACCUUUCUAAAACUGUGUGAUAAAAAAGGUCAAACAUUUAGGAUUGAUCAAAUGGAUGUGGCGGAUGUUGCAAUGAACCAAGUCAUAGAAAAACUGCCUAAUCCUAAUUUGCUUAUGAAAGGUAACCGAAUUUUUUACAAAUUUGAUUCAUGUGUAAAUGUCUUUGAACAAAAAUAACAGUUGAAUCUAAUAUAAAAAAAUCUAAAUAUGUUCAUUACAGAUGAUUGAUAUGAUAAGACUGAUUAGUAUUCAGAGAAAGACUUUUAUGUUUUAGUCACUUAAUAAUUUUAAUUUUGUGAUAUCAAGUGAUACUCAAGUUGAUUUGUUGUAAGAGUAAAAUUAUUAAUAAGACUGUUAAAAACAAAGACUAUAGUUAAUAUUGUUGAUUUAAUGUUUAAUAGCCUAAUACCUAAGGUUUGUUUUAAUAUUCUAAUAAUAAAAAGACUUACAUUUUGUAUUAAAA